AUGUGCGGCGUUCUGGCCUUCGUCACAGGCCAUAUUCUCUUCCAGGGGAUCCUCGUUUCCGAGCAGAUGAAAGAACACCUCUUGCAAGGCACAACAUGGACCUCGCCAGACAUGCUAAUUCUCCACAUAUUAGCAGAGUCUUCCGCCUGUAUCCGCGAUGGUCUCGACCUCGAGGCGCGCGCUAUCUUCGAAGACAUGCUUGCCGUAGGACUCAAUCCUACCCGUCAACAUUUUCACCUUUUGCUUGAUACUAUGCGCUUCAUGAAUACGCGUCACAUGUGGGAUAUCUUAGAAUCCAUGCGAAGGUUCGACAUUUCUUUGAACGAGCAGACGUACGAGAUCGUCAUCCUCCGCUACGUGGAGGCCGGCCAAAUCGAGCUGGCCCUACAACAGCUCUCAGAGAUGGGGAAACGAAGUUUGUCCCCUACCCUAAAGACAGCCCGAGGCUUGAUUAUGGCAGCCGGUCGCUCUGGGUACCCUCGUUUAGCACUAGAGCUAGCGGAGUCGUUCGAACAGUCGUCAGUUCGACAUCUGGAGGGCGAAGUUUGGGUCGACCUACUGAUCUCAUGCUCGGAAUCAUUCUACGAAUAUGGUGUCCUUCGGACUUGGCAACAAGUUGUGCACGAACUCGGCAUCACGCCGGAUGAAGGGUGCUGUUUGCAGGUCCUGCACACGGCCGGUCGGCACGGCAAAUCUGCGCUUGCACUCGAUGUCCUGCAGGUCCUCGAGCGAAUUGGUGCUUCAUGGCAGGAGUACCAUUUCGCCCCUAUUAUCGAGGCUCUUUGUAGGGACGACAAGGUCAAGGACGCCCUCGCUAUGCUUGGUGUCAUCCGAUCUCGCAACAUCAUUCCUGUCACUGAAACAACUUUCCCCAUCUUCACCGCAAUAUCCCAUGACACUGACACUGUCGAUGAAGCGUGGGGUCACCUCGAGGCCAUCCGGGACGAGGGCAAGGAGGCUGUUGAUGUCACGGCACUCAACGUUGUUAUUCAGGCCUCUGUGGCGAUCGGCGACUUGCAACGUGCAGUCGGCACGUACAAGGCCGCCGGCGACCUUAACGUCACCCCCAAUGUCGACACGUACAACCUUCUUCUGGCGGGCUGCAUCGCUGCACAGCACAGGCAGCUCGGUGACCGUUUGCUCUCCGAGAUGAAGGACGCGAAGAUUAAACCCGACGUGCGCACGUACGAGCGACUUAUCGUCCUCUGCCUCACACAGACGAACUACGAAGACGCCUUCUUCUAUCUCGAGGAGAUGAAGGCGUUGAGGUUCAUGCCCCCGCUUGCCGUAUACGAAGCCAUCAUCCGCAAGUGCGUGCUGACUGGCGACACGCGGUCCAAGAUCGCAAUCGAGGAAAUGACGGAGUCAGGGUACUACACGAUAUCGACCCGACUGAAGGCGUUCAUCGAUUCGGGAGGCUCGCACGACCCGGCCGGAGAACCUGUACCUGGCAGGGGGCCGCCCGCGAGGAGGGAUCGUCAGCGCUCAUUCUUCCGCCAAGCUGCAGAAGAAGUGGAGCAGGGGUUAGAGGAGGUCCUCCAAGCCAAGAAGACUACGUCGUAAAGUGUUUAUUUUGCACUUUAAUGCAGCAUUCACACGAUGCGAUCGCUGUCGCAUACAACAUCGCUCGAUCUCAGAUGCCCGUGCUUGAUGCGAGCGCUCACCAUUCGUAACAGUCUUUCGCAAUUCACUUCAGAUACACUGAAGAGAUUCAAUGAACAAGAAAGCGAGCCAAUGUUACGUUGGACGUAAG